AGCAUCAUCAGACUGCACCUUUUCCUCCUCAGGAGAACGGAGGAGAGAGCGACCCAGAGUCAGAUAGCGGGAGAGAAAGAGAGAGAGAGAGAGAAAGAGAGAGAGCGGGAGGCGAUAACACCUUGUCAUCUUCAGUCCGAGCCCGUGAUAGUUGUGCUCCUGUCUGGUCGUUUCCCUUUUUUCCUCCCUUCUCCUCUCGCGGAUUCAGAAUCCACCUCAAAUGGGAAGGGAGAUCGAUGGGUCGCGCGCGGCACUGUUGCCGCGGAACCACAGGACGCGCGUGAGGUCGCUGGAGAGAGUGAUGACGCGGCAGUGAGAGACACACAUACCUCAACCUGCUGGCACACACUCGCAUAUACGCGCAUAUUUGCCCACACACGCUUUAAGUCUUGCCCCGCUAAGAAAAGGAAGGAGAGAGGGAGAAAAUACUGCUAUGACGGUGUCAUUUCUCACCAUUACCGGUGUGUGAGCGGCACACGCACACACAAAUACACUCGCGCUCCGUGGGGAGUUGCCUGCAUGGGGGAUAAGACCCUAUCUAGGGCACAAAGAUGGAGUUUGCAUCCUGUUUGUUCCACAUCUAACACACAAACGUACAAACACACACACCUGGAGUCUCAUGACUGAAAUAGGGAAUGAAGAGGAGACGCUGAACACCGCAGAGACAAGACAAACACCAGGCCAAGGCAGAAGGAGAUGUUCAAAGGGUGUUGAAAGAACAGAGGGUGCUGCUGUCUGACCCCUCCCUCUGUCUCUGGGGGCGCAUUGUAUCCGAGCUCUCCUUGGUUAAAAGUAUUACCAAGACAGCAGGGUGCACAGGUGACGGUGUUCUACGAAGUGCCCUGCAGUUGUCACCAUGAGCUGUAGGCUAGAGGGAACUCCCCAGCUCUAGCCCCUAUUCAAUUUUGUGUGUGUGUGAGUGUGAGAGCGAGUGUGUGCAUGAGUGUAAUGGCGGUUUGCGUUUGGGCAGCAGCCCCCCUGCUCUUUCUGGGACUGUGCCUGUGCAGCGUAGGGGGCCAGGCCCAAGGAGAGGUCCUGGAGUUUGGGGGCGUAUCCAGCCAGUGGGGGCGGUUCCCGGUGUGGAACGCCUGCUGCGAGAGCGUGCUGAGCUUCAGCCUGCGGACUCAGAGCCAGGAGGGCCUGCUGCUCUACCUGGAUGACGAAGGGUUCUGCGACUUCCUGGAGCUGCUGCUUCUCCACGGCCACCUGCGCCUGCGCUUCUCCAUCUUUUGCGCUGAGCCAGCUGAGCUGCAGUCAGGCGUGGCGGUGAGUGACGGGCAGUGGCACGCGGUGCGCGUCAAGCGGGACUGGAGGAACACCUCGUUGGAGGUGGAUGGUCGACUGGAGGGAUGGGCAGAAGUGAAGAGUAAGAGAAGAGACAUGACAGUGUUCAGUCACACAUACAUGGGCGGGCUGUCAGCAGAGCUCCACUCCUCGCCGCUACGCCUCACCUCGCCCUCGGUGCGGGAACAACCAGCCUUUCGUGGCUGGAUCACGGCAGUGAGCAUCAACGGAUCGCUGGUGACGCUGGACACCUCGGAGGGCGUCACUGUAACAGCUGGCUGCGGGCCGGACCACCAAUGCCAGAACGGAGGGGUGUGCAGCGUGGUCAACGAUCGGACCGUCUGCGACUGCUCCGACACUGGCUACCAGGGCAAUGACUGCAGCGAAGAGCACAUCUACACUCCAGGUCUGGCACACCUGAUGAUUGGCGACCAAGGAAAACUCAGAGCUCGCGAAGAAUAUGUCGCCACCUUCAAGGGCUCGGAGUACUUCUGCUACGACUUGUCGCCCAACCCCAUCCAGUCCAGCAGUGACGAAAUCACGCUGUCCUUCAAGACCCUGCAGCGCAACGGCCUGAUGCUGCACACGGGCAAGUCAGCCGACUACGUGAACCUGGCACUAAAGAACGGUGCCGUGUCCCUUGUCAUUAAUCUCGGCUCUGGGGCCUUCGAAGCCCUGGUGGAGCCCGUCAACGGCAAGUUCAACGACAACGCCUGGCACGACGUCAAAGUCACCCGCAACCUGAGACAGCACUCAGGCAUUGGACACGCUAUGGUGACGAUCUCUGUGGACGGGAUCCUGACCACGACGGGCUACACGCAGGAGGACUACACCAUGCUGGGCUCUGAUGACUUCUUUUAUGUGGGAGGGAGUCCCAGCACAGCCGACCUGCCCGGUUCUCCUGUCAGCAACAACUUCAUGGGCUGCCUCAAAGAGGUGGUGUACAAGAACAACGACGUACGGUUGGAGCUUUCCAGACUGGCCAAACAGGGCGACCCAAAGAUGAAGGUCAGUGGUGUGGUAUCCUUUAAGUGCGAGAGUGUAGCAACGCUGGACCCAGUGACGUUUGACACCCCAGAGUCAUUCGUGGCUUUGAGCAAGUGGAUGGCGAAGAAGGCGGGAUCCAUUUCGUUUGACUUCAGGACCACAGAGCCAAACGGACUCAUGCUUUUCAGCCAUGGCAAACCCAGACAACAGCAGCGCAAAGACCCCCGCACCCCUCCUACUGUCAAGGUGGAUUUUUUUGCGAUUGAAAUGCUGGAUGGUCACCUGUACCUGCUGCUGGACAUGGGCUCAGGAACCACAAAGACCAAGGCCAUCGACAGGAAGGUCAACGAUGGAGAAUGGUAUCAUGUAGACUUCCAGAGAGACGGACGCUCAGGAACCAUCUCGGUGAAUAGCAUGAGAACAGCGUACACAGCCCCGGGGGACAGCGAGAUCCUGGACCUGGAUGACACGCUGUACCUGGGGGGACUUCCCGAGGAUCGCGCGGGACUCAUUUUCCCCACAGAGGUGUGGACAGCGCUGCUGAACUACGGCUACGUAGGCUGCAUCAGAGACCUGUUUGUGGACGGCCAGAGUAAAGACAUCAGGCGGCUUGCUGAGGCCCAGCGGGCUGUCGGAGUGAAGCCUUCGUGCUCCAGAGAGCUGCCCAAACAGUGCCUGUCCAACCCCUGCCAGCACAACGGCAACUGCAGGGAGGGCUGGAACCGCUACGUCUGCGACUGCUCCGGGACUGGGUACCUGGGGCGCUCUUGCGAGCGAGAUGCGACCAUCCUCUCCUACGACGGCAGUAAGUUUAUGAAGGUGCAGCUGCCUGUGGUGAUGCACACUGAGGCAGAGGACGUCUCGCUACGCUUUCGCUCCCAGCGGGCCUACGGCAUUCUCAUGGCAACCACAUCCCGGAACUCGGCAGACACUCUUCGUUUGGAGCUGGAUGGCGGCCGUGUCCGACUGACUGUAAACCUAGACUGUAUCAGGAUAAACUGUACAGCCAGUAAAGGCCCAGAGACCAUCUUUGCUGGGUCGGGGCUCAAUGAUAAUGAAUGGCACACGGUGAGGGUAGUCCGACGCGGCAAGAGCCUCAAACUCACCGUGGACGACCUGCAGACUGUUGAAGGUCAGAUGGCGGGUGACCACACCCAGCUCGAGUUCCACAACGUGGAGACGGGCAUCGUGACAGAGAAGCGCUUCAUGCCAAUCGUGCCCUCCAACUUCAUUGGCCACCUACAGGGCCUGACGCUGAACGGCAUGCCCUACAUCGACCUGUGCAAGAACGGCGACAUCGACUACUGCGAGCUCAAUGCCGUCAUCGGUUACAAGAGCAUCGUGGCUGACCCCAUCACCUUCCGGUCCCGCUCCAGCUUCGUCACGCUGCCCACGCUGCAGGCCUACUACUCCAUGCACCUCUUCAUGCAGUUCAAGACGACGUCCCCGGACGGUCUUAUUCUCUUCAACAGGGGAGACGGCAAUGACUUCAUAGUCAUUGAGUUGGUUAAAGGUUACCUUCAUUACAUCUCUGACCUGGGAAACGGAGCACACUUGAUCAAGGGCAACUCCAACAGUCCGCUUAAUGACAACCACUGGCACAAUGUGCACAUUUCCCGGGACACGAACAACCUGCACACGGUCAAGAUUGACACCAAAGUUACCACUCAGACCACAAUGGGAGCCAAGAACCUUGAUUUAAAAGGUGAUCUAUACAUUGGGGGUGUUACCAAAGAGAUGUACCGUGAGCUGCCAAAGUUGGUUCACUCUCGAGAGGGAUUUCAAGGUUGCCUGGCAACACUAGAUCUAAACGGCCGCCUCCCGGACCUUCUUGCUGAUGCCUUGACGACCAUGGGGCAAGUGGAGAGAGGAUGUGAAGGUCCCAGCACAACAUGUCAAGAAGACUCCUGCUCAAAUCAAGGAGUUUGUUUGCAACAGUGGGAGGGCUUCACCUGUGACUGCAGCAUGACUUCAUACGCUGGACCGCUUUGCAAUGAUGCUGGCACCACUUAUAUCUUUGGCCGGGAUGGAGGCGUGGUGAUUUACACGUGGCCCCCCAAUGAGCGUCCCAGCACCAGAGCAGACCGGCUGGCCCUCGGCUUCAGCACCCAGCAGAAAAAUGCCGUUCUACUCCGAGUGGACAGUGCAUCUGGCCUUGGAGACUACCUUCAGCUACAGAUAGACAAGGGCAACAUUAGGGUGGUCUUCAACGUUGGCACGGACGACAUCAACAUUGAGGAGAGCUCCAAGUUUGUCAAUGACGGGAAGUACCAUGUAGUGCGGUUCACGCGGAGCGGUGGCAACGCGACGCUUCAGCUGGACGACCUGCCGGUCAUAGAGCGGUACCCCUCAGGCAACAAUGAUAACGAGCGCCUGGCCAUCGCCAGACAGCGAAUCCCCUAUCGGCUCGGUCGAGUAGUUGACGAUUGGCUACUCGACAAAGGUCGUCAGCUGACCAUCUUCAACAGCCAGACGACGGUUCGUGUCGGCGGAGGCGAGCGAGGCACUGCCAUGUUCCAGGGACAGCUGUCCGGCCUUUAUUACAACGGCCUGCGCAUCCUAAACAUGGCCGCCGAGGGCCACCCGCACAUCAGAGUGGAUGGCAGUGCGCGGCUGGUCGGCGACAUGCCAUCCUCCUCCAUCACCCCGCAGUCCAGCGCUGCAGCCGGGGGCAACCGCUCUGACUCCGCCCCCUCCAUCAGCGACAUCACAACCACGACAGCCACGAAUAAGAAGAAGGGCGAGAUAACGACGGCAGACGACCUGCUGGUGGCGUCGGCCGAGUGUCCAAGCGACGACGAAGACUUGGAACCCUGUGAGAUCUCAGCCCACCCUCCGGUGCCAGAUGUGAAGGUUUUCCCUGGUCCGUCCGAGGUGGUGCGAGAGAGCAGCAGCACCACGGGCAUGGUGGUGGGCAUCGUGGCAGCCGCCGCCCUCUGCAUCCUCAUCCUCCUCUACGCCAUGUACAAAUACCGCAACCGAGACGAAGGAUCCUACCACGUGGACGAGAGCCGCAACUACAUCAGCAACUCGGCCACGCAGCCCAACGGCAGCACCAAAGACAAACCGCUGGGCAUCGCCAAGAUCUCCAAGAACAAGAAGAACAAAGACAAGGAGUAUUACGUCUGAGGCGGACAAACCUCCCCCCCCACCCCCAUCCCCCCAGAAACAGACAAAUAUGCGUACACCUUUAUAUAUAACAAUAUAUGUACAUAAAUAGAUAUAUUCUCCAAAAAAAAAAAAAAAGAAACACUCAUACGCAGGGGCAUAGACAUGAGGAUUUUAAUGUUUACUCUCCAAUAAUCACACCUGCACACACACAGCCAAGCACAAACACAACACAAACAAGCCCACACGCAUACAUUCAAGCACAACCAUACACACACAGACUUGACCUGGGGGCUCGGGACCUCACUGUACAGUAUUUACCAACGAGCAGAGCCUCUGGCAGGGGCUUGUUUUAUGAGCAUUAACACCAUUCCAAAUGAGUUAGAAAGCACCCGUUGAAACUCCGAGAAAACCCGCUUUGGCUCCGGCCAGGUUCUGCCGCAGUCAAACCCCUCUGUUCGGACUGCGAGGGGUGAAAAAUAGACUUUUGAGUGAAGCACACGGCAGGCUGAGCGAGAGGCAGCACACCAGAACAAAGAUGAUGUAAAAGCACUAAGUGUCUCUUCCAAGCUUCUUGGCCUUCCUCCCUGUUAGCAGACGGGACUCGAUGAAGCACAGCGGACAGCGAGGAAAUAAGCACACCAGUGGUUCGAGCUUAGCCCCGAAGCUGCAGGACAGGAACUCAAUGUGUAGCCAUAGAGACGAUGAGUUACGAGGAAACAGGCACCGACAGGGCUGUGUGAGCUGCUGUUGUUAUGCUGCAGAGCUGAGGUUUUUUUUUUUUACGGCGUCCUGUAUAAAUCACAAAGAAGGAAGCAGAGGAAACUGAGAGAUGUUUUCCUGCCCGGGAUACUUGAGACUUCAGAUGCUACCUACAGACACCGGUCGCGCCUGACUGCGGUGUUUUCACACGCGUACACACGGCACACACGCACAGACGGACAUGAAACAGUCAAAAACGAACAUCUCCCUGCAAAUGCUAAAGACACACGACGAUCUUCAUAACUGACUCUGAAGACUAUACGAGGUGAAAGUGAUCACCGCGAGGAAGAUGAAUAUCAAGGAACAUUUGGGCAGUACAGACUUUGGGGAAGGGAGGUGUGGGGAGGGGGGCGGGGGGGAUCUUAUUGCACGUGAAUUAUCUUACUCCGUGUGAUUUAUACUGCGUUGAAACUCCAGAUACGCCACCAUCGUAAACUCCACCACCUCAUCUUCAGUUCUGUCCAAACACCUGCUUCAAAUGUUUUUUUUUUUUAUCAAUAAUUUAAGGCCCUGUCCACACUGACACAGAGAUUUUGACAAAACAGAGGUUUUCUCUCUAUGUUUGCACCUAAUGGCCGCAUGCAAACUGAGUUUUUGGUGAAAAAAUACUAAGGAUUUUUUUUAAAUGGUUUCCAAACUGGAAAAUUGUUUGAAAUUUAAAAGCGUGAUGUUAGACUUUGCACAUGUCGACUCUCGCCUUCAGUCCUAGAAACAGCAAAAAGGACAAGUCUUUAUGAUGAUUCGUUUUGCCCCUACAUUAGGCUCCCCUUGUCCUGGUGCUGUUUCCAACAAACCUAAAAUUAAGCUGAAAAAGUUCAUAAUUCAGAGAAAAGGGUAAACGUGCAGGGUUCCUUCACAGCCUGGAAAAGUCUGGAAUUUCACUUCAGUAUUUUCCACAACGGCAUUGCUAUGGAGUUUAGUGCAAGAUAUUAAUGUUUCUGACUUUAUUCCAAGAAAGAAGGUUGGAAAUAAGUGUACUACAUGUGUCUUUACAUCCUACUAUGUUGUCCUUCCAUUUUCUCCUUCCUUUCUUCCUUGAGUACUGCUUUUCUUCCUUAUGUCCUUCCUUUUUUCUCUUCACUUUUUCUAGUGUCCUUGCCUUAUUCUUCCCUUUGUUUUCACCGUUCUUGCUUUAAUUCCGUUCCGUCUUCCUCGUUUGUUUUCUGCUUCCUUCUCUUCCCCUCUUUCACCCUUUUCUCCUUAAUUUCCUUGUGUCAUAACUACCCUCCUACCUUCUGUCCUACCUCCCUUCUUUCCUUUUGUCCUUUCCUUCAUACCGGCUCCUAUUUUUUCCAGGUUUCAUAUUGAAAUCCUGCCUAUUGUAGAAAUAUCGAUCAUAAGCGCAAGUAUUUUAUAUUAUUAUUAUUAUUAUUAAUAAAUGUAUAAUAUUAUUAAUAUUGAAACGAACAUAAAGGACUGAGUUGAUUCAGGAGGAAUAUGUGAUUUAUACAUGAAAAAGGAACCCUGACGACACUCUUGUCACCUACUGGUUAAACAAAGGUAUAGCAGCAUUUUAUUUUAGUAUUUUGAUUGGAAUUGCACAAAACUCUCAGAUGUUUGCUUGUUUUUGUUUUUAACUGAGAACAAAAUUUCUGCUUUAUAAAAAAAAAAAAAAAACACCCAAAGCAGUGUAGCCGGGGCCUGAAUCUUUGAAUUAAAUCUCAGAUCUUUUAUUGACAAAGUGUGACCAUCUGGACUGUGCUGCAUGCCUGAGUCUUGGAGCUGUGCUGUGGAGCGGUGUUGUGUCCAAAGCUGGUGGAGGAGGUUGCCGUGCAACACCUGGAUGUAUAGCAGUGUGUGUCGGCCGCGCCCUGUUUUCUAGUUCGAUGUCCUAAAGGCCACGCCCACUACACCUCCUCUAACCGUCCACCUUUUACAGUAAAGCGAAAACCAGCAGAGGCAACCAAUGACAAAGACAACAACGUAGAUGUUAUCACGUGCUGCUAAUGGGUAGACAAGUCCAGUUCUUGAUGCCACCCGCUACACGGCAACUUGAGUUGCUCUGGUUGCAUUGUCUCCAUCCUUUACUCCCUGUCCAUUUACCUCCAUGCUCUGUCUGCCCUCACGCAGCCAUUCUGUUGGGUUUUCUUUACGGACUUUUGAAGUGUGUGAGCCCUCUACAGCUCCUUAAUUGUAGCCCCAUAAAACAACGACGCAAGCAGUGCCACGACACGAGCAAAGCCCCUUCGAGUUCUUCCGAAAACGCGACCCAACCAGGCGGAUGCAUGUGAUACGGACCAGGGCUGGGAAGAACAUGAAACUGACUGUGAGAGAUGUGAGAUUUCAGUGUAUUGUUGAAAUUAACAGAACAUGUUAAUCCUACACGUCCUAAACUGGCCUAUUUGCCCUCUUCUCCCUCUUCUUCUCCUCCUUUUGUCCACUUAUGUGGCUUUCUUUCCCCUCUAUCUUCAUGUUGUGUUGCCAUUUGGAACAAAAGGAGGCGUCUCCGUCGGCGGGAUCCCACAUUUAGGUGUUCAUUAACCAUGUUUAUUUUCUAUAUGUACAAUUUUUCUACAGUAUUUACUUUUAUUUUUAUUGUUACGGUUCUUUGAUGAACAUAAAGUGAAAAUUUAUUAUAAAAAAUAGUUUUGAAGAUUAAUGAGUAAAUAAAAUAUUACCCAAGUGAGCCUGGA